AUGGCGUCCAAUUCGACUAAGUCUUUCUUGGCAGAUGCCGGCUAUGGCGAACAGGAGCUGGAUGCUAACUCUGCCCUUAUGGAAUUAGACAAAGGUCUAAGAUCUGGCAAACUUGGUGAACAGUGUGAAGCAGUUGUUCGCUUUCCCAGGCUCUUUCAAAAGUAUCCAUUCCCUAUUCUCAUCAAUUCUGCAUUCCUAAAGUUAGCUGAUGUUUUCAGAGUUGGGAACAAUUUCCUGAGACUCUGUGUUCUUAAAGUUACUCAACAAAGUGAGAAGCACUUGGAGAAGAUUCUAAAUGUGGAUGAAUUUGUGAAGAGAAUUUUCUCUGUGAUUCAUAGCAAUGAUCCUGUAGCAAGAGCCAUCACACUCCGGAUGUUGGGGAGCCUGGCAUCAAUAAUUCCUGAGAGGAAGAAUGCUCACCAUAGUAUUCGUCAGAGUCUGGAUUCACACGAUAAUGUAGAAGUUGAAGCUGCCGUUUUUGCUGCUGCCAACUUUUCUGCACAGUCAAAGGAUUUUGCCGUGGGAAUCUGUAACAAAAUCAGUGAAAUGAUUCAAGGCUUAGCCACACCAGUCGACCUGAAGCUGAAGUUGAUCCCGAUCCUGCAGCACAUGCACCAUGAUGCCAUCCUGGCCUCCAGCGCUCGUCAGCUUCUGCAGCAGCUGGUCACCUCCUAUCCUUCCACCAAAAUGGUGAUCGUUUCUCUGCACACUUUUACUCUGCUGGCAGCUUCGUCUCUGGUGGAUACUCCUAAGCAGAUCCAGCUUCUCUUACAGUAUUUGAAGAAUGACCCCAGGAAAGCAGUAAAAAGACUUGCUAUUCAAGAUCUGAAAUUACUUGCCAAUAAAACACCACACACUUGGAGUAGGGAAAACAUUCAGGCCCUCUGUGAAUGUGCCCUCCAGACUCCUUAUGACAGCUUGAAACUGGGGAUGUUGUCUGUCCUGUCCACACUCUCAGGGACCAUUGCAGUCAAGCACUAUUUCAGCAUAGCUUCAGGAAAUGUGGGUUCUUCCCCCAGAUCCUCUGAUUUAGUCAAAUUAGCCCAAGAGUGCUGUUAUCAUAACAACAGAGGCAUUGCGGCUCAUGGAGUCAGAGUCCUCACUAAUAUAACCGUCUCUUGUCAAGAAAAAGACCUAUUAGCACUGGAGCAAGAUGCUGUUUUUGGCCUGGAAUCCCUUCUGGUACUUUGUAGUCAAGAUGACAGUCCAGGUGCUCAAGCCACUUUAAAGAUUGCUUUGAAGUGUAUGGUGAAGUUGGCCAAGGGCAGACCCCAUCUCAGCCAGUCCGUGGUUGAGACCUUGUUGACUCAGUUGCACAGUGCCCAGGACGCCGCCCGGAUCCUGAUGUGCCAUUGCCUGGCCGCCAUUGCCAUGCAGCUGCCUGUGCUGGGCGACGGGAUGCUGGGCGACCUCAUGGAGCUCUACAAGGUCAUCGGACGGUCAGCCACAGACAAGCAGCAGGAGCUUCUGGUGAGUCUGGCCACUGUGAUUUUUGUUGCCAGUCAGAAAGCACUAUCUGCUGAAAUAAAGGCAGUCAUUAAGCAGCAGCUUGAAAGCGUAUCCAAUGGAUGGACUGUGUACCGAAUUGCCAGACAGGCAUCCAGAAUGGGUAACCAUGACAUGGCCAGAGAGCUCUAUCAGAGUUUGCUGACUCAGGUUGCUUCAGAACACUUCUACUUCUGGCUAAACAGUUUGAAGGAGUUCUCACAUGCAGAACAGUGUCUCACUGGUUUGCAAGAAGAGAAUUAUAGUUCAGCACUUUCUUGCAUUGCUGAGUCUUUAAAAUUCUACCACAAAGGGAUUGCAUCCUUAACAGCUGCCAGUACACCACUGAAUCCUUUAAGUUUUCAGUGUGAAUUUGUAAAACUCCGGAUUGACCUUCUGCAAGCCUUCUCUCAACUUAUCUGUACUUGUAAUAGUCUAAAGACAAGCCCCCCUCCUGCAAUCGCCACAACAAUCGCCAUGACAUUAGGAAAUGAACUUCAGAGGUGUGGUCGCAUCUCUAAUCAGAUGAAACAAUCUAUGGAAGAAUUCCGCAGCCUUGCUUCCCGAUAUGGGGAUCUUUAUCAGGCAUCUUUUGAUGCUGAUUCGGCAACUUUGAGGAAUGUAGAGCUACAGCAGCAGAGCUGUUUGCUGAUGUCUCACGCAAUAGAAGCUCUGAUUUUAGAUCCAGAAUCUGCAAGUUCCCAGGAAUAUGGAUCCGUAGGAGCAGCCCAUGCUGAUAGUGAAUAUGAGAGAAGAAUGAUGUCUGUAUAUAAUCACGUCCUGGAGGAGGUGGAGUCACUCAAUAGGAAAUAUACCCCUGUUUCUUAUAUGCAUACAGCAUGCCUCUGCAAUGCCAUCAUUGCUUUGCUGAAAGUUCCUCUUUCAUUUCAGAGAUAUUUUUUCCAGAAACUGCAAUCCACCAGCAUUAAGCUUGCUCUGUCGCCAUCUCCCCGGAACCCUGCAGAGCCCAUCGCUGUCCAGAACAACCAGCAGCUGGCGCUGAAGGUGGAAGGAGUGGUUCAGCACGGAUCUAAACCAGGACUGUUUCGCAAAAUCCAGUCUGUCUGUCUGAAUGUUUCUUCUACGCUACAAAGUAAAUCUGGACAAGAAUUCAAGAUACCCAUUGACAAUAUGACCAAUGAGAUGGAGCAGAGGGUUGAGCCUCAUAACGAUUACUUUAGUACACAAUUUCUUUUGAACUUUGCUAUCCUUGGCACACACAACAUUACUGUGGAAUCUUCAGUGAAAGACGCCAAUGGUAUCGUAUGGAAGACAGGCCCCAGAACUACCAUAUUUGUCAAGUCCUUGGAAGACCCCUAUUCCCAGCAAAUUCGCCUGCAACAGCAGCAAGCCCAGCAACCAUUACAACAGCAGCAGCAACGAAAUGCCUACUCACGGUUUUAA